CAGACACACGCCAAACACACACACACAACUCAUGACAGGCGCACACAGAGCAUACAUGACAGUCAUAAUCAACAAACAAAUCUUUGUCUUUUCAGCCUGCAUUUUCCUUAUUCCAUAAACAUUUGUUUUCAGAGCUUUUGACCUCAGAAAAUGGCAGAUUGAAAGCCAUGAUUUACUAUAGCUACUUGCAUGUCACGCCAUGACUCCAACGGGCAUCAUUCUCCCCAUGUGGACAGACAGACCUACUCAUGUAUCCCUCCUCUGAGGUGCUGAAGCAGACCCAGGGUCAAGGACCAACACAAGACGUCUUUACUGGACCAUAGCAGAGUCACUGUACUGUAACACUACACAGUAGAACACAGUGGAAUGCAACACAGCAGGACAGUGACAGCCAACACAACUCAGUACACGGCAGCGCAGGCGUGUUCAGUACAAUAACACCUCAGGGUACUAAAGGACAGCACACAACACAACAUAACUCAGUACAAGACAAUAGCGAACAGCACAGAAUAAUAGCCCAGUGUAAUGGAGGAGUAUAAAAUGUAUAGAAGGUAGGAGAAGAAAGGAAGUAGGAGAUGGGUUGGGCUGGGGAGAGAGUGAGGUAUUACAGGACAGAAUAGGACUGGACGGACAAGAAGGAAAGUAAGGAGAAGACUGUAAAUAUGAGGCCUGCAGCCGGUGUUCUGGAGCAGGGAGGACGUGGGCCAGUGGUUGCGCUGGGCCGAGAGGGAGUUUGCCCUGCGGCCCAACACCAGCGGCAGCUUCCAGAUGAACGGCAAGGCCCUGCUCCUCCUCACCAAGGAGGACUUCCGCUACCGGUCGUCCCACUCCGGAGACGUCCUGUACGAGCUGCUGCAGCACAUCCUGAAGCAGAGGAAGCCGCACGCCUCCUACCCCUCCGCCUACUUCCCCGGCAACUCCUUCCACCCUCUGCCAGAGGGAGCGCUCCAGCACCACAAACUGGAAGAAACGGUACGGCGAACACCGCGUGGUACAGAGCCCCAACCCCAGCACCCACCCACCAUUGAGCUCCGACACCGCUCCCGCUCGCCACACCAACCCACUCCCCGCCUUUCCCCCCUGGACCCCAACUACCCACGCCCUGGUGCCGAGGACCACCUCCAGACGUCCUCCCAGCUGCCCGACAGCAACCACCACCUGCCCGAGGACUUGUACACUCUGUCGGUGUCCCCGGCUGCCCCUAACGGCCGCUGUGCCACGCCCCGUGAAGCCCCCUGCCCAGGCAGCCCCGGGUGCCAGGAUGCUGCCCCCCCUCGUGUCAUCCAGCUCAUGCCCAGCGCCAUCAUGCACCCCCUUCUGCUUAGCCCAGGGCGAGGAGGUGUCGCUGGAGACUUCAGGCACAGCCGUGGGGGGCCACCACUUCAGGCCCCCCAUGAAAACGGGCGUGAGGGGAAGGGCCACAUCCAGCUGGCACUGGCCCACCACCAGCAGCACACUCUACAUCAGCAGGAGGAGGCGCUCUACAGGAACCACCACGUCAUCGUGCCCGUCUCGCCACCAGAGGAGCAGGCAAUGCCCAUUGGACGGAUAGCAGACUGCAGGCUGCUGUGGGACUACGUCUACCAGCUCCUCUCAGACAGCAGGUACGAUAACUACAUCCGCUGGGAGGACACAGAGACCAAAGUCUUCCGCAUCAUGGACCCCAACGGCCUGGCUCGCCUGUGGGGGAACCACAAGAACAGGACCAAUAUGACGUACGAGAAGAUGUCACGAGCACUGAGACACUACUACAAACUGAACAUUAUCAGGAAAGAGCCAGGACAGAGACUCUUAUUCAGGUUCAUGAAAACCCCAGAUGAGAUUAUGAGUGGACAAACUGACAGGCUGGAGCACAUAGAGUCGGACACAGACGAUCAAAUCUACAUCAAAGAGGAGUGCUGAGGCCUCUGGGAAAUGGAGUCCACUAAAGCGAUGAACUACUACAGCCGCUGAUGCCUUUCGGAAAGCAGCUCGAACAAUCGUUUCAAACCGAGAGCGCCCGGACAUUCACUCUAUCCAAAACUCAGAGGAACUUGAUGGUGACGUCUCCAGAUUGCCUUUAAAACUUUAUAAGAUUUUCUUUUCAGACAAAUCUUAUCAGUUGUGUUCUGUCUUAAUGCAAGGAGUUCAAAGGACCUGGUGAAAAGUAUAUCUCGUAAGACAUUCCUUUUCCCUGAACUGCCACAGCAAAUCAAUCAUUUCAUGCUUGUCAUGUCAUACAUUGUUGAUUUUUCUUCCCCACAUGUGCAUUAAGUAUAAACAGUUUUUUUGCAAUUUGUGCAAAUAAUGGGAAGGGUGUGUAGCUGGAACAUUUUCACCACAGAAUAAAUCUUUUUGAUCAAUUUGAA